CCAUUUGAUUGGAAGGCGGCAAAGGCUUUAAUCUCGGACUAAUUCAGCUGCUUUUGAAGUGAAAAUUUCUACCAGUUCGUACUUCGGGAGUACAGAGCGAGGACCUGCAGACAGACGCACACAAGGCGCAGCGCUCAUGGUGCAAGACGCAGCCACGGAUCUGCGAUAACCUCGCACGGUCUUCCCUUCCAGCUGCCGCGCCUUGCUCCUUUUACCAGCAGGAUUAUAUUAUUAUUAUUAUUAUUAUUAUUAUUAUUAUUAUUGAACCAUUUUACGAUUCUUCCCUCUUUUUAUACACUCACCACCACCACCACCCCGAGAGAGAGAGAGAGAGGCUCGAAGCUUUUUUUUAUUUUAUUUUCUUAAUGAAUCUGACGAAAGCAUCGCCGUUUCAUUUCCUGACAAUUGGGACAUGAUCACGUCGCCCUCGGCGUCUGCCCUGAAAAAUAGUGAUAUUUGUGUAGCCUGGGAAAGCAGCAGUUCUCGGAAUAGCAGCUCAGCGAGCAUCAACAAGCCUUUUCUCCACUCUGCGCCUCCGUCUGAUCCACUACGGCAAGCAAACCGACUUCCCAUCAAGGUUUUGAAAAUGCUUACUGCACGGUCGGGACACAUUUUGCACCCGGAGUAUCUGCAGCCUUUGCCUUCUACCCCGGUUAGUCCCAUUGAGCUAGAUGCCAAGAAAAGUCCGUUGGCUCUGCUGGCGCAGACCUGCUCUCAGAUCGGCAAACCGGACCCACCACCCUCCUCCAAAUUAUCCUCCGUAACAUCAAAUGGAUCUAGUGAGAAGGAAUCUAAAUCCGGUCCUUUGAAAUUGAGUGACAUCGGUGUGGAUGACAAAUCUAGCUUCAAACCUUAUUCUAAACCUUCAGAUAAGAAGGACUCGUCUUCGGGCGUCUCAGGCGGAGAGAAGUCUGGUUUCCGAGUGCCGAGCGCCACCUGCCAGCCGUUUACGCCGCGGACAGGCAGCCCCAACUCCAGCACUUCAGCCUCCCCUAUGCCAUCAGAGGGGAAAUGUGGGGAAAGGGAUGAAAAGAAAGAGUCUGAUUGUAAUAAAAAUGGCACUACGGACGGCUCUGGCACCACGAGCCACAGCAGGAUAAGCGUGAGUUGUGGUGGAAUUAACGUGGAGGUCAACCAACACCAGGAGACGACGCCUGGCACUAAAACCACCUCCUCCUCGGAGUCCUCCUCUGUGACUUCUGUAUCCUCCGCAUCCGUUCUCGGGUCAGGACUUGUGGCGCCGGUUUCUCCUUACAAACCGGGGCAGACAGUUUUCCCUUUGCCUCCUGCCGGUAUGACCUACCCAGGUAGCUUGGCUGGGGCCUAUGCUGGUUACCCUCAACACUUCCUGCCCCACGGAGGGAGCUUGGUAAACGCACAGUUGGCUAGUUCACUGGGCUGCAGUAAGGCUGGAUCCAGUCCUCUGGCUGGGGCUUCUCCACCGUCCAUCAUGUCAGCCAGCCUGUGUAGAGACCCUUACUGCCUCAGUUACCAUUGUGCCAGUCACUUAGCGGGCGCAGCCGGUGCUUCCUGCACGCACGACUCCGCAGCUGCAGCGGCCGCUAACGCCCUCAAGUCCAGCUACCCACUAAUGUACCCGACACACCCCAUACACGGCGUUCAUUCCUCGGCGCCGUCGUUUAGCGGACACCCCCUGUACCCAUAUGGUUUCAUGCUCCCCAACGACCCUCUCCCCCAUGUUUGUAAUUGGGUGUCGGCAAAUGGACCGUGCGACAAGCGUUUCUCCACCUCGGAGGAGCUCCUGAAUCACCUGAGGACACACACUGCUUUUACCGGGGCCGAGAAGUUGAUAUCUGGUUAUCCCGGUUCUUCAUCGCUGGCCAGCGCCGCAGCAGCGGCCAUGGCCUGCCAUAUGCACAUGCCACCGUCAGGAGCCCCCGGGAGCCCCGGGACUUUGGCUCUAAGGAGCCCGCACCACGCGUUAGGACUUAGCAGCCGCUACCAUCCGUACUCCAAAAGUCCCCUGCCAACCCCAGGUGCCCCUGUUCCCGUCCCCGCAGCCACCGGCCCUUACUACUCCCCUUAUGCACUGUAUGGCCAGAGACUCACCACAGCAUCAGCGCUUGGAUACCAGUGAGGAAAAAGUGACUUUGAAAAGUUUAUAGUACUAAGAAUGCAAAUAUAAAGACUUUUAUAUUAACAGCGCUAAAAACAUUAUGGGCGGGAUCCGUGGACUUCAACUGUAUUUAUUUAUAUGUCGGCUUAAAAGCAGGCGAUAAUAGCUGCAAAUGGAAAAUAUUUGAGCAACUCAAAAAGUGCAUUAUGUUGAAACUGAACUCUAUAGGUAAAGUGAAAAACACACAUGUUAGAGUACUAAUUCAAGUAGGGGUCUUCAUUUCGAUGUUCAUUUGAAAUUGCUAUGAUUGUAUUUGUUCUUAUUUAAUGUCUCAUUGAGAAGAAAAUAAUUUACAUGCAUGUUUGUUUCUUAAAAUUUCAACAACAACAACUGAAAAAAAAAUUGUCCACAUUUUAAAUUGCCGUUAUUUUUCAGGUGUACACCUUGGAAAGAGAAUUGGUAUUUUUUUGUAUGUAUUCUGGAAAAAAAAAUAAGAAACAAUUCUGUUCCAUA